UAUAGCUGAGAGGAGAGGAUGCCAGUGGAGAUGGAGGGGGCUUGAGGGACACCGGAGGAGAACCUCGCUCUCGGAGAUUUCUGUAUGACCGGCUAGCAACGUCAGAACGGCAAAUUCGGCUCAUCCAAGCCCACCGCCUCCCCCCCCCCGUCCCUCCGCACUCCCCGGCUGGGAAGCAAGAGGCGCAUGGUUCGGGGUCAUCUGGCAGCGCCAAAAAAAAAGAUGCAAUAUGCUGCAUUCCUGUUGUGUGAAGCCCAAGGAAGAGCGUCGCAUGUGAUUGAUUAUGCCCUCUGGGUGGCGGCUGCUGGUCCGAGCCGAAGCAGAACCUGAACCCAAAGGACGGGCAGAUGCUGCGCCUCUCCGAACCUCUGAGCUGAAUCCCAGUGAGAGCGUGGCACUUGCCCCGCGUGCAUGAACGUGAGGGUGAGAGAGUGUGAGUGUGUGUGUGUGUGAGAGAACGUGAGCGCCAGCGCUCCCACAUGGCCUCCAUGCAGGACGGGCUAAACUUCACGGCUCCUCCCUACGGCAAGGUCCUGCUGCUGGGUGCUAUCGCUGCUGCCUCAGCCUUUGUUGUCACUAUCCUCAUCGUGGUGCUCUGCGUGGGCUGUCAAAGGAAGGGAAAGACACAUAAUGUACCUGGCGAGGGCGGAAAGCACCGUCUCAUGGACAUGGGUGUACUCAGGCAGUCCAAGCUGCGGUCCAUCAGUAAAUCAGACACAGAGAUGAACAAGAUGAACUGCAAUGGCAAAAGCAGGCAGCUUCCCCAGAUUCCCUCUGGGACUGGAGAGGACGGAGAGCACACUUACUCUGAAGUGGGCCGAAGCUCCUCCACCACACGAACUGACGACGCGCUCUAUGCCAUGGUAGGCAGGGCCGGGCAGACGGACACUCCGGCCCCUCCGGCUGUCCCCGCCAAUACCCCGGCGCCGCCUGACCCGGACGGGGAUGUGGAAGGAGGGCUGCCCGAACCAGAAGCCCAGGUCAUGUCACCACCUCACGCUCCGGAGACGGUGGAGUAUGCCUGUGUCAGGAAGCUGAGAAAGGCCGACAAAGUGCCCCAGAAGAGGGACAGUGGGACGGACACGGGGGACCCACCGGUGCCGCCGCCGCGACACCCGCCGCCUUCUCAUCCCGCCCCCCCACCGCCACAUCCUCACAGCACAAAGCUGCCCCGUAGAAACAUGGAGGCCUUUAAUGUUCCCUCUUUCCCUAAGGAAGUCAUGUUUAUGGGCAAUGGAGAGCAGUACAUCUGGAAGCCUCCAGAGGAUGAAGAUGCCCUCAUGCUCCACAAUAAAGCCCUGGGCCCGCUGGGUGCACACACGGUGGAGUGUAUCCAACCUUCUGCUGCGGUGGUGGCUGAGAUGUACUCGAAAGUGUGUAAACCGGGAAAGAAGAAGAGAGCAAUACCUGGGUCUCCUCCAUCCAAUCCUGGCUUCAGGACCUUGGGUCGUGGUGACCGGGACCGGGACCGAGACGGGGGCUUUAGCGUAGUGGUAAAACCGCAGACGUGGGCCCCUCAGGAGGGCAAAGCAACUGGAGUGUCCCUUGACGACCACUGCUAUGAGUCCUUCGGGGCCGAGGAGUGCGAUCCGGCUUAUGAAAAUCUGGAAGGCGGAGGCGGCUGGAGACGAGACAGACCCCCCAACACGUGUGCCACUUUGCGGCCGAGGAGGAAGAAAGCCCAGCAGCCUUUGCAGCAGCAGCAGCCCCCUCCGCCGCCGCCCACGCAGCACAACCCCAAAUUACAGCACCUGCCUGCCAAAGCCCUGCUGCUGCCUGGGGAGAGCCUGUACGAGAGCAUCGGCGACCUGAAACAGGGCUCCACCACCUCCAGCACCACGACCAUCUUCACCUUCAACGACGGCAUGGAGAUGUACGUUACGGGGCUCUGAGGCGCGGCUGCACUGUGACCUUUCCGACAUGCCGAGCCGCCGUCACGCUCCCACACAUACUGUUUACAUUACAUCAUAACGUCAUGCCUUUCCCGUGCUCCAGGAGCCUUAAGGCACUAAGGUUGAUCUGUUUUGACUAAGUCCAAUCUAAAAACCUUGCAAGGAACCCAAAGGUAGUGAAGUCAUUGAUGAGCACAAGACCAUUGCAGCGCAAUCAGUAGGUAACAGUAGCACUAGAUUUCACAGAUAUGUGCAAAGCACAAGAAAGUAAGAAUUUCUUGCUCAAUUCUAGCGGGUACUAAGCACAGCGAUGAGAUAAAUACAGUAAACCUCGGAUAUAUCGGACUCGGAUAUAUCGGAAACUCGCUCACAACGGACAGAUAAAAAAGAACCGAUUUUUCUGUAAUGCAUUUCCAAUAAAAAUUCAUUGCAUAUAUUGGAUUUUUUAUAACGGAUUUCGCCUAUUUCGGACAAAAUCUCCAGUCCCGUUCCAAUGCAUUUCCAUUAAAUUUCCCUCGCAUAUAUCGGAUGGCCGCAUCGUGGCGCUCCGAAGCUAGCUGACAAUUCUGAGACGUUUUAAAGCAGAGGACAACGAAACUGGGUUAUUCUGGCAAAUGCUGCCAGAAAACACCCUGGGAUUUAUUGAAUGAGAUCUUAACCUAAUCUUAACGUAACAGGGCCUAGCUUAAUUAACAAUUUGUUAUGCUCAGAGUCCAAUAAAGUUAAAUUCUCAUUACCUUACGUCUCUUUUCAUUGCCCAGUCCAGGUACAUUGGAAACAUAGUCAAGGAAGUGCCUUUUUUAUAACGGAUAAAAUCCGAUUUACGCAUAUACCGGAUAUAAAUCCGAUAUAUGCGUAAAACGGACAUUUUCCGGUAUACGCAUAUAACGGAUUUCGCUUAUAUCGGACAAAACCAGUGGUAACAAUUGAAUCCGAUAUAUCCGAGGUUUACUGUAAUUGGUAGCACUUGUGAAUGGGCCUUCUCUGAAGUUGCUCAUAAUAUGGAAUUGAAAUGAUAUUUAAGUCAUCAAUUAUUAAAUUAUUUGAAAGCUCAGGGACCAAGAGAAACAAUUAUGAGCGUAUUCAAAGGAAAAGAAAUUGCACACUUUUUUUUGCAUUCCUCCGUAAAAACACCAACAACUAAGCAUUUUCAUCUUUUAAAAACCGGACCCGAUUCUUCUCUUCGUUGUGUCCCAUCUGACGUGGACUGAACACUUGUCUCCACUGCUGUCUGUAAAUGAGCAGUUUUACUUUGUUGACUCUGUCCUGCACUUUUGCCUGCUACAAGUUGCAUGCUAAAAAAAAAAAAAAAGUGUAAGAAAAAAAAAAACUGAAAAAUCAAGCACUGUCAAGUGGUACCUAUAUUAAUGUUUUGGGGUUUUUUUUACCCCCACUGUUGUUGUUGGGUGUUUAUUUUCACAGCGCGUUGCUUUAUUUCUCUGUACAACAAGGCCAGUUAAGAGUUGGGACUCAUCAUUCAUCCCCCCCCCCCCACCCUCAUCCAUCCAUCCUGAUUCACCUCCAACACAAUACGGACGCACUGGACUUCCUGCCUUGUGAUCAUCUGUUUCCGUUUCAUUAUAGUUACGGCGUUGAAAGCUAUACAGUAGUGCUGGUGUGUACAAGUCACGUCUCAUCAUUACUCCAUCGACAAAAACACUCUUCUCUCUCUCUCUCUGUUAUCAGUGUUGAAAUGUUGCAGAAAUAUGAAAAAGACGAGCCGAGCAGGACAAGCGCACACGCAAUGAAUCCUGGACAAUGAUUUCAUUCGACCAAAUAUCCCAAGCAAAGCGUGUGAUUAUACUGUAUGUUGAUGCAAUGUGUAUGUACAUUACAAAAAGAGAAAGAAUAAUAAAUAUAUCAUCAGUGUCAAUAAAUCUAUCUUUUUCUAUGAUGUUUAAUGGUGUUAUGGAAUGACUUAUCUUGUGACACAAAAAAACGGCUGCAAUGUAAAUUCCCAUGUGUUCUAUUUGUUCUUUUAUUGUCCAAGUCGCAAAGCUUGGGCCUGUUCCUGGAAAGCUCCACACUAAAAGUUUUAGUGUGGCUGAUCAUGUUUUGUGUUUGCUAUUCAGACUACAGGGUCUUGUACUCCAACAGCGUGUCAUUAAGUGCUAAGUACAAAAGAUUGUAAUGUUUUAUAUCGAGAUUACUAUUCAUGAAAUGUCACUCGAGUUUAUACUUUUGUAAUAAAGUGGCACUUUAAAAAAUAUGCAUUAUCUCAUAGUGUCGCUUAUUUAAAAAAAUGGUGAGGGGCGAGGA